AUUUCGUCUUUGACUUCCAGAGAAUCGAAAGACAAUAUGGAUAACUCCGAUGAUCCUAGGGUUAGUUCACAGUCCAAACUCGACAUAUUGUUGUAUGUCGCUGCCAUGGUUUACGAUCAAGAGUUCGGGGACGACAAAUCAAAGACCAUUGGCGAAAAAGAAACAGAGAUGGAAGCAAGAAUCUUUGGGGAUAAAGUACCGAGAAAGAACAGAGUUCACCGAUCACCUUCUUCUCGCAAGACUGUAACAACACCAUGGACGCGUGUGAUCGAACAACAGAGAUCGGUACUACAAAACCCUAAUGCAUCAGAAUCGGAACCUUCGUCUUCUUCUUGCGUCACCCAGUUCAAGAAACGUCGUCAUGACGAUCAUCAGAUCAAUACGGAAGAGAUCGUAAGUCGCAAGAAACUCAGAAUCUUUCAUCCUCUAGAGGCGGAACCAAUUCAAACGAGUCCACCGGAUUGGCUUUUGAGAGUGAUGAGGAGAGAAGAGAACGCAUACAAUCCGAAGCUGAUCUCAACGAGGAAACUGUACAAGACUGAUCUCGGUAGAAUUCAAGGACGUCUCUUAGUUCCUUUCAAGCAAGUUAAAAAUCCAGACUUUUUGACAGAGGAAGAGACAAGGAUCAUAGAUGAACAAGCGAGGAAGCUUCGUAAGGAAGGUGUGAGUGUUGAUUUGGUUGAUCCUCAGAUGAAAAAACAUGCCCUUGAAUUGAGGAAGUGGAAGAUGAGUGGAAACUGGAAUUAUGUCUUUGUUGUUGGUUGGAACGAUGUGGUUUCUGCUAAUGGGUUUCAGGUUGACGACUUCUUUCCUCUUUGGUCUUUCCGAUCUGGAAGAAGUGGUAAACUCUGUUUUGCUCUUGUCCCUCCUACGAAAGCUAGCCACGGCGGCGACCUUUAGUGUUUUUUUACUUCCGGUGAAUGUAUCUAUGGAUGCUCUUCUUUAGCCGAUUCUCUGAUCAUGCUCGCCACACGUACAUAAAGGAUCUACAUUUUUCUGGCAAUUCUCGAUUUUGUUUGGCUUAAAGAU